UUGUAUAAAAAAAACAAGUUUAACAAAAUAAUAAAGUGUUAUGGGGUACAUGACUGGUUUCUUUUCUUCAUACUCAUGAGUAUUUGUAUUCUUUAUUUAAGAGCUUAUUAAAAUGAGGCCAUUCAGAUGCUACAAACGGCUUAUGACAGGGACAGUUUAUUUUAGUUUAUCUAAGCAAUAUGUGGAGAAUACCACCUGAAGUGACAUUCAAUCAAUUAUAUAGUAGCAUGGGCGCGGCGUGGAAGUGAGCCAUCAAGAAACAUCCUUAAACAAAGGGGUACGUGACCGUAAUUAUCAUUCAGAAAGACAUCUGUCUAGACAAACUUCGUUUACAUUUAGAGCGAGACUUGGUUUACAUUACGGGCUGGGGAAAAUCUGGUUUGAAAAACAGUAUAAAGAUGUCUGAGCUGAUAUUAUUCGACAUACUUCACAUACUCGUGUCACUGCUACUCUGUAAUAAAGUUAUUCUUCGUUGUGAUCUUUGACGUCCUCAUGAUUAUUUUCUUACAUUACUUUGGACAGGUAAAGGCUUCUGAAUUUUCUCAGCUAGCAAUUUUAGGUGUUCUAUUAAAGUUCCUACAACAUCGCUGCACAGGAAUGUUUAACACUAAUUAGUAUCUCCAUAUACUUUGUUUGUCUGUAUGUGUGUGUGUGUGUGUGUGUGUGUGUGUGUGAGUGUGUGAGUGAGUGAGAGAGAGAGAGAAAAUUGUAAUAAUUCAUUUAAUAAAAAAAAUAAUCGCACCAGUUACACUAGAAGAGGUGUAAACUGUGUGUCUGAUAUAUUUCCGUUAGUCUUCUGCUUGGAAAGAGUUGCCAUAAAUAACGGCAUUUAAAGGUGAUGUACUAUGGUAAAAUUAGCUAAGCCAUAAAUAACCCUCUUGUGACCCAAGCAGUAGCUGACCACACACACACAUACACACACACGGGCUGAGCGUUACAAACUGCUAGUAUGGAUCAAGCGCUGGAGAUCGAGCAUGUUGAUUUGGAGUGCACAGUGAACAAUGCCCAACACCACACAGAGCUGAAUGGAGCAGAUGGACUGAUCGUGAGGAGAGGUCAACCCUUUACCAUCACCCUUUACUUACGAGCUGGCUCACACUUUCAACAUGGAAGCAACUUCAAACUCAUAACCACUACAGGCUCAGACCCCUCUGAGCUCGCAGACACUGCUGUAAAAUUUGGACUAAGUAAAUUUAUAUCCAAAGUCCGCUGGAGUGCGACAGCAAUGUUAGCAUCUGAGAGGAGCGUUACACUCACUAUUGGCUCUCCUCCUGAUGCCCCCAUCGGCUUAUACCAAUUCAGCCUCGAGCAGGCCAGCAAGGAAGUAAUGGAAGUCAGUUUGGGCCAGUUUGUGCUGCUUUUUAACCCCUGGUGCAAGAGAGAUUCAGUGUAUUUGGCAAGUGAGGCUGAGAGACAAGAGUAUGUCCUUUCUCAGGAUGGACUGAUCUACCGUGGAAAGCCCAAACACAUCACUACACUUCCAUGGACCUUUGGACAGUUCGAGCCUGGAAUCUUGGAUAUCUGUCUGAGAGUUUUGGAUGAAAACCCGAAGCAUUCGGAAGACCCAGCGCAGGACAUUUCAGACAGAAGAAGCCCUGUCUACGUGACCCGAGUCAUCAGUGCAAUGAUAAACAGCAAUGAUGAUAACGGUGUUCUGGUGGGGAACUGGUCAGGAGAUUAUGAGGACGGCGUCAAACCCACUACAUGGAAGGACAGUGGUAGCAUUUUACACCAGUGGAUUGAACAGAACUGCACAGGAGUGCGAUACGGACAGUGCUGGGUGUUGGCCGCUGUGGCAUGCUCAGUGUCCCGGGCGCUGGGCAUCCCCUGCCGAGUGGUCACCAACUACGAAUCAGCUCAUGACACAAACAGCAACCUGCUCAUUGAACGCUACUACAACGAGAUUGAUGAGGAUAUAAGUGAUGACUCCAUAUGGAACUUUCAUGUAUGGGUGGAGAGUUGGAUGACCCGUCCCGACCUUAGGCUCGGCUACGAGGGUUGGCAGGCCAGCGAUCCCACACCACAAGAAACAAGCGAUGGGGUGUACUGCUGUGGUCCGGUCCCUGUGAGAGCUAUAAAGGAAGGCGACCUGAGCGCAAAUUACGACGCUCCAUUUGUUUACGCUGAGGUGAAUGCAGAUGUUGUAGAAUACAUCGUCCUGGGUGAUGACAAAGUGGUACAAGUAGGAGGAUCAGCUACUCACGUGGGCCAGUGUAUCAGCACCAAGGCAGUGGGCACAGACGAGAGAGAGGACAUUACACACCUCUACAAAUACCCUGAAGGUAAAACGGAUAUAUGCUCGAGUGCUAGAAGCGAUUACAAAUCCCAGGAGUUAACGACUACCACAAUUGAGCCUCGGGAAAGUGAUAAGCGUAGAUCCUUUGCAGGUUCCGAAGAGGAGAGGCAGGUGUUUGAGAAGGCCAACCACAUAAACCGGCUAAUCCAGAAUGAGGAAGAGCCCGGUCUGUACGCGAAGAUCAAACUGAACCCUGAUAUGAUGGUGGGUUCAGACUUCGACGUGUAUGCGCAGGUCAAAAACAACACGGACACGGUGAAGAACUGCCGUCUGAUGUUUUAUGCCCAGGCUGUGACCUAUAACGGCAAACUCGGGGGGACAUGCGGCCUGACAGAGCUCAGUGAGGUUAACCUUGCCCCGAUGGAAGGAAGUGAGGCAACACUUUGCCUAAAAUAUUCAGAGUAUGGAAAAGCCAUAACUCAAGACAGGAUGAUCAAACUGGUUGCUCUGCUUAUCGACUUGGAGACCAAGGAGCUUCAGAGAGAAACGAAGACUAUAGUACUGGAGAGCCCUUCCAUUAUCAUCCUGGUUCUCGGGGAUUCUAAAGUAGGCCAGCCUGUUUCGGUUGAUGUGACACUGCAGAAUCCUCUGCCUGAAUCGCUGGAAAACUGCGUCUUCUCUUUACACGGAGCCAACCUGACAGCCGGCACGGCCAUCACUAAAGCUGUUGGGACAGUUGGUCCUGAGGACCUCGCCACUGCUGAGUUUGAGUUCACACCCAUGGCGUCAGGAAGACGAAAACUAGUGAUCGACUUCUCAUCUGAUAAACUGAGCAACGUCCACGGAUACAGUAACAUAACUAUCGAAGAAUAAAUGCCUUCGUUCUUCGCUGACCAAAACGGAUUCGUAUUCGCUCAGAGGAGUUUACAGUUUGUGUUUUCAUGAGAUUACAUGCUUACGUUACAUGAGAACAGAAACUAAAUCACUUCCUUUUCACAUUAUAUGCAACUAUAAAUGGAUAAGUAGUACAUCAGUCUUUCAUUUUCUUUUCAAAAAUGUAACCUUUAGCAACCUGCUGUGGUAUAAGUGGAAUAAAAGCCACACUACCCUCU